AUGAAAAUACAUACUGGGGAAAAACCUUAUUCAUGUAAUAUCUGUGAAUAUAAAUGUACUCAAAAAAGUCAUUUGCAAACACAUAUGAAAAUACAUACUGGGGAAAAACCUUAUUUGUGUCAUAUCUGUGAAUAUAAAUGUAUACGAAAAAGUGAUUUGAGAACACACAUAAGAAGACAUACCGGAGAAAAACCUUUUUCCUGUAAUAUCUGUGAAUAUAGAUCUAUUAACAAAAUUCGUUUGCAAACACAUAUGAAAAUACAUACCGGAGAAAAACCUUAUUCGUGUCAUAUCUGUGAAUAUAAAUGUAUACGAAAAAGUCAUUUGAGUAUACACAUGAAAAGACAUACCGGAGAAAAACCUUUUUCGUGUCAUAUCUGUGAAUAUAGAUGUAUUACAAAAGGUAAAUUGCAAACACAUAUAAAAAUUCAUACCGGAGAAAAACCUUUUUCGUGUGAUAUCUGUGAAUAUAAAUGUAUUACAAAAUGUAAUUUGCAGAGGCAUAUGAAAUUACAUACCGGAGAAAAACCUUUUUCGUGUAAUAUCUGUAAAUAUAAAUGUAUUACAAAAGGUAAUUUGCACAGGCAUAUGAAAUUACAUUUCGGAGGAAAACCUUGGUCUCGCUCCCACUAA